AUGUCCGAAUUAUUUCCAACUGACGUCAAAUUGAAAUACGUCCCAUACACAAAGUCUAAUGAUGCCGUUGCAUCUUGUGGUAACCCAAUUGACUUCGACUUAGCCAAGGAAUUGCCAGGAAAGAAGAUCGUUUUAACUGCUGCUCCAGGUGCGUUCACCCCAACUUGUACAGAAGAACAUAUUCCAAAUUACUUAAAAAACUUGGAAAAAUUUAAGAGCAAGGGGGUUGACAGAGUGGUUGUGGUUACCGCAAACGACCCAUUUGUCAAUGCAGCAUGGGGCAAGGCCUUAGGAAGCAAAGAUGAAUCUAAUUACGUUAUCUUUGCAUCUGAUCCAAAUGCUGCUUUAUCCAAAGAAUUGGGUGAUAACUUUGUGGCUGAUUUAACCAAGGCUGGUCUUGGUAUCAGAACUGCCAGAUAUACAUCUAUCAUUGAUGAUGGUAAAGUUUCUUUCUUGGAAAGUGAAGAAGGGUUGGGUUUUAGUGAAAUCUCAAGUGCUUCCACUGUCUUAGAAAGACUUUAG